GCAGUGUGACAGCGGCUCAGUUUAUUUCAGUCGGAGACGAGAGAGAAAUUAGGAAGAAGGAAUAAGGCGGAUACCGGUGCCCCCCCCUCCUCUUUUCUCUCUCUCUCUCCCUCUCUCUCAUGCAGUUUUGAAGAAGACGCCCCCUCCCUGCACCUGCUCCGCUUCGUCUUCUCGCCGUCUCGCAGGAGUUGAGCUUCUAGCGAGUGAGCGGACGUCCUCUCAUUGUUAGAUUUAGACGUGUUUUUUUGUUUUGUUUUGUUUUUUGAGCGAUGACUUCGGCGUACAACAUGGAUUUCCACCCUCUCACCGAAAGUCGGUUAUUGGCUUCAGGCGACACAAUCAACGGAAACGGCAGCAAGAUGAACGGGUCGCUGGAACACCUGGACCAGCCAGACCCAGACUCCAUCAAGAUGUUUGUGGGACAGAUCCCGCGCGCCUGGUCAGAAACAGAACUUAAAGAGCUUUUUGAGCCUUUCGGAGCCGUGCAUCAGAUCAACAUCCUCCGCGAUCGUACCCAGAAUCCCCCUCAGAGCAAAGGAUGCUGUUUUGUAACUUUUUAUACAAGAAAAGCUGCACUGGAGGCCCAGAAUGCACUGCACAACAUAAAGACCUUAAGUGGGAUGCAUCAUCCUAUCCAGAUGAAACCCGCUGACAGUGAGAAAACAAGUGCGGUAGAAGACAGAAAACUCUUCAUCGGUAUGGUCUCAAAGAAAUACGGCGAGAACGAGGUCAGAAUGAUGUUCUCGUCUUUCGGACAGAUCGAAGAAUGCCGAAUUCUCCGGGGGCCAGAUGGUCAGAGCAGAGGCUGUGCGUUUGUCACAUUUGCUACCAGGGCAAUGGCACAGAAUGCAAUCAAAACCAUGCAUCACUCUCAGACUAUGGAGGGAUGUUCCUCACCUUUAGUGGUGAAGUUUGCCGACACACAGCGAGAUAAGGAGCAGCGGCGCCUGCAGCAGCAGCUAGUACAGCAGAUUCAGCAGCUCAACAGCGCCUCUACCUGGGGAAACCUGGCCGGCCUGGGGACCCUCACACCGCAGUACCUGGCUUUGCUCCAGCAAGCGACAUCCACCAGUAACCAGAGCAGUUUCAAUGGUAUUCAGAGGCUAGGAGGUGUGAAUCCUCUCCAGCUGCAGAACCUGGCCACGUUAGCCGCCGCCGCUGCCGCAGCCCAGAGUUCUGCCAGCCCGACCUCCGCCGCCCUGUCUACAAACAGCGGAGCCCUGGCGGCUCUGGGCAGUCCAGCCGGUUCAACAGCAGGGUCCAGUGCCAUGAGCACUUUGGCAUCUCUGGGCACCCUGCAGGGUCUUACUGGGAACUCAAUGGGCCUCAACAGCCUCAACGCUCUCACCAGCAGCGUCAGUGGUAUGGGGGCCAUGAAUGGAGGUCUUGGAGCCUCCAUGGCCAAUGGGUCAGCAGCCAGUUCCAUGGACGCUCUGACCCAGGCCUACUCAGGGAUGCAGCAGUACACAGCCUCCGCCCUGCCCUCCCUCUAUGGUCAGUCUCUCCUGCAGCAGAGCAUUGCAGGCAGUCAGAAGGAAGUAGGGCCAGAGGGUGCCAACCUGUUCAUCUACCACCUGCCCCAGGAGUUUGGGGACCAGGAUCUUCUGCAGAUGUUCAUGCCUUUUGGAAACGUGGUCUCUGCCAAAGUCUUCAUCGACAAACAGACCAAUCUGAGCAAGUGCUUUGGGUUCGUCAGCUAUGACAAUCCUGUGUCUGCACAAGCUGCCAUCCAGGCCAUGAACGGUUUCCAGAUCGGAAUGAAGAGGCUGAAGGUUCAGCUUAAGCGCUCCAAGAACGACAGCAAACCCUACUGAUCCUAGCCCCGGGGCCUCCCCCCCUCCCCAGCUCUAAUGCUAGCACUGCUAGGAACAAAUCUCCAUGCCUGUUUGCUCAUCAUUAGCCUAGCAUGUCUUCAUGAUGUUGAAAGCCAAGCCAAACUCCUGGCCUCAUCAUCCCACCAUUGUCUGUGAUGUCUCUCUAAGCUCGCCUGACCAAUACCUGGCCACCCACUGACCCUUGACCUUAGCUCAACCUGAUUUUUCUGCAUGUAUGUUCAUUUUUUUUGUUUUUUUGUUCUUUCUGUAUAGAAAUGUGACAGGUGGGAGAGAGGUCAAGCAAAUUAAUGUGAAAACGUACCUACGUUGAAUUCAUUUAAGAGACCUUUUUUUGUUUUUUUGCGAUUGUUUUUUCUCCUUGCGAAUGUUUUAAAAAAACCUGUGGGAUUUCUUAUUUUAAAUUUUUUGCUCUUUUUUUCAUGUUGCUUUCUUUUUACCUCUCUCAGUAAAGUUCACUUGAAAGUUGAAUACAGGGAUCGGCACACAGCUGUGCUAUUUGGUGCCAUUAGCAAUAUGUUGGCUUCUUAAAAAAAAAAAAAAAAAACAUGCUUACAGACCACUUUCCAACACUUUUGAAAGUCUGACCAGUAAAACCCCUCAGUGCUCUGUAAUGAUCUCUACAUUUUGCGGACAGUGUGAAGAUUUUCACCUAGGCUAUUUAAAACUAUUUUUUGUGUUCAUUUACAAAAAUAUCCAGUGUAUUUACCUUUUUUUGAACUAUUGAUGGCACAAUAAAAGGUACAUUUGCUCUGUUUAGAGAAAUGACUACCUACAUGAGUCAACUUUUUUAGAACUGAUUCACAAAUAGACAAUCUGUGGUUUAAAUGCACACUUAGAUUACCUAUAUUUUAUACCAUUGAAUCUAUAGAAGUUUAACUAACAGAACCCAGGCAAAACUUUGGGUUUUUUGUAGAUUAUGUUGUAAUGUCAUCUGUGUCGGGGGGGUCUUCAGUGUAUUGCAUUUUUAAAGAGGACUAAAAAUCAGUUUGAUCAGUGUGACCUUUUUGAGAGUAAUUUCUUGAAAAUUAAAAACACACUUUAAGUCAAAUUUCUCUACAUUAAUUGUGAUUUCAAGUUCUAGGGGCGGGGGGGAAUACUAUAAUUUUUUUCUUUUUUUUUUUUUAAGCGUCACAUUUUGAGUAUGUAGGCAAUUUUUUUUCCUAUGUUAAAGAUAAAAAGUUAAAUUUAAUGUUUGACUUCCAUGGUACGUCUUGUUGAAUUUCUGUGAAUUUCUCAUUAAUAAUUUAAUUAAUGGAUGUUUCACUUUUGUUUGGUUUGGAUGCCUCAUGUUGAAAGUUAAUUAUUUACAAUGUCUGUUAAUCAUACAGAUGCCAGACAAUGUCUUCUUUUGUUUUAUUGUUAAAGUGCCCAUGUGUCAAACUCAGUGUUUUGGAUUUACACAGCAUUCUUUCCUGUAAUAUUACCUACUUUUAUUUACACACACACAGCGACACACAAAACACUUUUCUGUGGUUGCAAAUGAUGUGGGAGCCCCUGAAGAAGAGAUCACUUGGACACAACACCGAUCCGUGGGUCUCUGCACAUUUUAUAGACGCUCACACACGAUGCUUCUUUUUUUGCUGAUUAUUCUUUUAAGUGACUUCCUGUCGCACACGAUGCACAGCACAUUACUACUAUUAAAUCCACCACAAUAGUGUUGGUUUACAAAUACAUUCCAUUUUUUCAGCACAAAGUUUACACUUUUUUUAUCAGGGUGGUAUUUUGUCUAUUGUACUUUCGAGUUGUUGAGACAGCCCUGGUAAAAUAACCACUUCACCAACCCCCCUCUCACCCCCCCCCCCCAAAGAAGGGUUCCCUAAAACCGCGUACCUGAUGGCGCUAUUGAGUUGUCGACUCAGGGUUUUGUUUUUUUGUGUGUGAGAAUCUACAUCACACGAGAUUACAAACACAAAAAAUGCACAAUUUUCACCAUUUGACCUUUUUCAGUUUGGAUUUUUUUUCCUUUUCCUUCAAAAUGCAUUAAUAUAUAUCCCAAAAAAAAAGAGAGAGAAAGCUACCAAAUUUGAAACAGCGCUGGAAGAAGUGUUGUAGUUUUUUUUUUUUUGUAAGGAAAACGUUAAGCACAAUUGUGGGAGCUAAUCACUUUUGCAGAAUGUUGUGUGUGUGUGUGAGAUUAUAUUCCAGGAUUUUCAAGGUUCCACCAGUUUCACUUUUUAAUAUGGGCAUGUGCUUUUUACAGUGUUUUUUCUAUCCAAAUGCAAUACAAUAUUCAAAGUGCCAUAUACGUCUAGAAACUGCCUACACAUCCUUAUUAGGCCUUGGUUAGAGAUUGCUGCAGUUCGCCUUUUUUGUCUAUUUACGCCAGUGUCAUGAAAAAGCUCUUUGUCACCUGCUCAUGUCCCUUCCCUUCUCCUACCCCCUCACCCCCUCCUCCCCACCCUCUACCUACUCUGUGUGUUGAGUUAUUGGUAAAUGUGUAUUGUGAUGUACUCAAUUUGAACAGUUGGUUUAAAAAAAAUGUAGAUAAAACAAUAAACUUCCCUAUACAUUUGAAGGUUAAACCUCUUUCUUAGUGAGUGUGAACACAUGUACUUUAACACUUUGUGAUAUGAACCACAAUGUGCAGGACAAACGAUCGAUCUGGUGAUCUGUAUUCAGUUUAAUAAAGUCGAGAACAAGCUAAAACUUUAGUUAGAAAAACAAAACAAAAAAAAGGCCACUCGGAUGCCAUUAAGUGAUAAAACUGUGUGUCAAACACUGAAAUGAUUGCAGGUCUGUGGUGAAGUGUUACUGUGAAUGAAUAAAAUAAAAAAUAAAAAAAAGCACAAUGUACAGCCCACAGCGGUCCCAACAGAAACUUGACUCACUUCAGGGGCUUCCAUCACAAAUCCCAUUCAGCUCUAACAAUCACUUUCUCUCUUCUGUUGUUUUUUCAUAUUCUGAAGUGCUAUUUUAUUUUUUUGACAGUGUGGUUAGCUUUGCAUCUCUAGAUAUUGUCUUGAUCUAAAAGAAAAGAAGAAAAAAAUAAUCUUUUCCUGUGUUAUUUUCUUGUCUGAUAAUCGGUAGGACUUUGUUCAUGUUCCACCAAUAAUUUAAUAGAUGUUUUGUCUUGUCUUGAUGAAAGCCAAAGUGGGUGCAUCUUGAUGUGAUCUGUAUACAUACAGUAGUUUUUCUGUUAAGUCAGUAUCAAUUUUUUGAAACUGGGUGGGAUUUGAACAAGUAAAAAAGAAGAAAAAAAAAGACAUACACAGGCUUUCCAAUUUCUACAACUGGUUGUUCAUAUGUAUUUUGUACCAGUGAAGCUUUUUAUAUUGGAAAUUAAAGGAAAAAAAUCUAUAUUGGAAAAAAAAUUGUCUGGCCUCUCAAUGUGGCCUCCCCUUGACCAGGUCUUGAGUUUGGCCUCUUGGUGGUGUCAAGCAAUUUUUUUUUUCUUUUUAAGUUUUGUCUCUAAAAGAUGCCAGAUUUUGACUUUACGUGGAUAUCUACGUGUUCCUCACUUCGUUAAUCAGUUUCAGUUUCGGGGGGGGGCGGGUUGUGAUCCUCUAAUCGUGGUAAGUUUCAUGUUAGUAUUUGUGCUGUCCACAUAGUUUAAUGGUCAUCAGGAUUUCAACAACUUGUGUGGAAAAAUUGUCUUAGUUGAAGAGUUAACUAUCUGUUUAGUUUGAGCCUUGCUUUUUACCUGUGUAGAGUUUUCUGUUUUUUCCCAUUUGCGGAGUGUGUAGCCGAAAGACUCUGUGUUCUUUUUUGGUCAAUGUUUGUUCAUGUGUGGUGUGUUUCUUUGCCUCUGUCUCCAAAUUAAACCAUUUCCCCUAAUCUGAA